ACCUCUUCUUAGCAUCCACACGGUUUCAGGUGUCUCUCUUCCAUUAUUGAGGCCAUGUCGGAAUCCUUCUACACCUCGUCUCCAGCCGCUGGAUUUCCCCCAUCCACAUCUGUCCCACCGUCACCCGUCACGGCAACACCACCUCCUCCUCCACCAAAACCACCAUCACAUAGCCAACACCCGAGUCGAAGUGGCACACCAGCACUCUCAUCUACUCCGACUGGAACCACAGUCGGGGGUUUACCGUUUCCUACUCAAGCAGCGACCCAUUCUCCACGACCACAACCUCCAAUCCCCGUCUCCAGUCCAAACUCCAGCUCGACACCCUUGCCGUCAUCUACCCAGCAGCAACAGCCACAAUACACGCCCAUCCCCCCGCCCACCCUACAGGAUCGAUGGCUCCCCUCACAAGUCACGGAUAAGCCGAUCACGGAACUCCAAUCUUUACUCAAUAACCCUAUGUUGAUUGCGUCGCUGGCUUCAACACACCCCUCAUACGCAUCGUCAAUGGUUCCGCUGCAAAACGCAAUCCAGGGCAACAUCCAAGUGGCACAGCAGGUCUCCCAGCUCGAGGCACAAGUUCGGAAACUACGGGAUGAGACAGCACAGCUGAUGCUCAAUCACACAUCGUUGCAGACGCAAUGGCGCCGCAAGCAGACGGAGAUGGAUGAUGCUCUGGCGCCGUGGGGUCCUCGGCAGAUGUAUCAGAGACUACUGUCAAGUAUCAGCGAGCAGGAGAAUCUGCUCAAGGCCAUCCAGGAGAGUUUCUUGGAUGGUGCUGGCGGCGACGAUGUGGCAGAUGGAGCCGCGGGGUACUAUGGGGGUGUACCCGGUCCAGGUGGUAAUAAGGCCAGUGAGAAGGAGGUCAGUGAGUGGGUCAGGAGGAUCAGAGAGGGCGCUACGACACUGGAGAGGCGUAGAGAGAUGAGGGCUCGUUGGGAUGAAGGCAGAGUAGGUGGUUGGAGGUGAUGAUCUGCCGUGAUCUAAUGUUUGUGUGGCGACAGCAACGAUGAUGAUGAUGGUACUGCUGCUGCUACGACUUUAACGACAUCUACGUAUAUAAACACAGACGAAUAGAAUGUAC